AUGAGUGUCAGUCUCACAGGCAGUUGCCUGCCACCAUCAAGCAGUUUACCAUCUAUUCGUUCACUGCUAUCAGCAUCGGAAGAUCAAGUUUUUGCUGCUCUCAAGAAUUUGCAGGCGCUGUACUGUCCUGUACGCCUUCCGACUACUAUCUCACACCCAACGUCGAAAAGAGAGCACACGUGUAUUGCCUCACCCCCUGGACCAGCGGAUUCCGGUUACGCGUCUCAAGAUGAAGGCGAAGAUGACGAGAACGAAGUCACAUCCGAAGAGGUGACAGCAGCUCUGCGUGCAGACCCAUUCGAGCGCACUUUUGCCACCCAAUGGCUGAACUCGCUCCUCGCGCGGUCGGAAGAGAUGGAAGUUGAUGACGAUAUACGGGAAAAACUUGUCGAUGAUGCCGGCUUCAUUCUUUCAAGUCUAUUUGAUAACACCGAUAAAGAGGAAGAGGCACUGACACGAGACUUCCGCUUCUCCACAUCGUUCGGAGAACCUAUUGAGGUUACGCUCAACGAUGCGCCACUAUCGAGUACAGACCACACGGCUGUCGGACUUCAGUCCUGGGGGGCUAGCAUCGUACUCAGUAGCAUGGUUUGCGCCGAGCCAGAGCGUUUUGGACUUCCUGGAAAUAGUCGCGCGGGGAAGCGGACAAUCAUCGAGCUAGGUGCGGGCACUGGACUCGUCAGCUUAGCAGUCGCGAAACUACUUCCUGUGGUCGGCAUUGAAUCUGUCAGCAUUACAGCGACUGACUAUCAUCCCGCGGUUCUGGAGAACUGCGACGCAAACAUUAAGACAAACUUCCCUCCCAGUUCAUACGACACACCACCUGUAGAUACGGCAAUACUGGACUGGGCCGAACCUCCCACAGCCAUGAAAUCGGCAUCCGAUCUUCUCAUAGCCUCGGACGUGGUCUACGCUCCUGAACAUGCCGCCUGGCUACGUGAUUGUGCAGCCCAUCUCCUGGCUCAGAACGGUUUAUUCUGGCUUAUGGUCACAGUGCGCAAGACGGGUAAAUUCGAGGGCAUUCCCGAUACUGUCGAAGCCGCAUUCGAACCAGAGCUCUGUCCGAAGAGCGACAGCGGGUUGACGUUCAAGAUUCUGGAAAAAGAGUUUGUAGAGAAGAGACGGGGUAUUGGAAGAGGUGAUGAGAGCGGAUAUAAUCUUUAUAGAAUUGGAUGGGCAUAG